UCGGUCCACAGUCCACUGACGACAGAAAAUCGAAAAGUUUAGAGAGAGAGAGGGGGGGACUGUGUGUGCGUGUGUGUGAGAGAGAGAGAGAGAGCGAAAGCAGUUGGAUCAGUUGGUAAUGGUGGAAACCCCACUUCGCGUGCUGAAGGGCAUAUCGGUAAUUUUUCCGCCCCUCUCCUCCAUGUUCAGCGCCGGCGACGGUAGUUCUCGUGCCGGAACGCUUCUCCUCAUCCUCAGCGGCGGCAGCGGCAGCGGUGGCUUCGGAUUCUGGUCGGUGGCAGCUGUCACGGCCAUGGCCGGGUUCGCCUUGGCCGUUGCCGUCUUCUACACUUCUCGUAGGUAAAACGAAAUCUCUCUCGGACGCCGUAAUCCCUAGAAAGAAAAAAUUGUUAGAUUUUGUUCAGUUUCAGUGUGAGUGCGAGAACAGUAGCUAUUAUAGAUGAGAGCUCUCCGGCGAAGUCAAACUUCGUCGUCGCCUUCGAGCUCUUCUUCGCCGUCUUCGUCUUCAUCUUCUUCGUCGUCGUCGUCGUCGUGGAUUCAGUUGCGAUCGGUUCUAUUCGUCGUUGCUUCUUCCUCACCGGCUUCUUGUUCUUCCUCUUCUUCUUUUGAUCGAGUUCAUCUCAAGUCACCUUGGUCUCGCAAGAAGAAAAGACAUGCACUUUCACCUUCGCAAUGGAGAAGUUCCUUUACAUCAGAUGGGAAACUCCGUGAUGGUGGAGUUAAGUUUUUGAAAAAAGUUCGCAGUGGAGGGGUUGAUCCAAGUAUCAGAGCUGAAGUUUGGCCUUUCCUCCUUGGAUUAUAUGACUUGAGCAGUUCUAAAGUAGAGAGGGAUAGUAUAAGAACUCAAAAGAGAAAGGAAUAUGAGAAACUCCGGAGACAUUGUCGGCGACUCUUAAAAUACUCUGAUGAAAUCUUUAAGCUGAAGGAAACUGACAGAACCAACAGUGAUGGGGAUAGCGGGAAUUUUGUUAGGGGAAUAGAGUCUCCUGGUUCUGAAGAUGCAGUUAGUGCCCGGGAAUCUCUUUCUAGUGAUGAAAGAAGUGCAGAUUUUGAGUACUCGUAUAUCCCUUCCAGUGCACUAUUGGAAGGAUAUGAUGGUUCAAGGCGAAUCACAAAUGCAAGUGCCUCUAUCCUUGAUUCCGAGUCAUCUGAUUCAGACUCCUCUGAAGACCCUGGAGUGAGUCAGACUUUCUCCCUACUGGAAUCCAAGGAAGAAAAUGAUUCUGACAUUCCUUCAAACGGUGAUUUCCCCCCCACAAAGACACAAUCUGAGUCAAAACUUUGCAGCUCUGAAGAUUUCUCAACGUGGCAACGGAUUAUCCGCCUUGAUGCUGUACGUGCCAAUUCGGAAUGGGCAGACUAUUCUCCAUCUCAGGCUGCUGUAUCAGAUGACCGGGCACGCCGUUCUGCUGAGGCUGUUGGUUUGAAGGACUACGAUCACCUCGAGCCAUUUCGGAUUUUCCAUGCUGCUCGGCUGGUGGCUAUUCUUGAAGCGUAUGCCCUUUAUGACCCAGAAAUUGGCUACUGUCAGGGGAUGAGCGAUCUACUCUCGCCAAUAAUCACAGUGCUUGCUGAGGAUCAUGAGGCUUUCUGGUGUUUUGUGGGCUUCAUGAGGAAGGCUAGGCACAAUUUCAGGCUUGACGAGGUGGGAAUCCGUAGGCAAUUGAGCAUUGUUUCCAAGAUAAUCAAAUGCAAGGACUCUUACCUUUUCAGGCACUUAGAGAAGCUCCAGGCAGAGGACUGCUUCUUCGUCUACAGGAUGGUGGUGGUGCUUUUUCGGAGGGAGUUGAGCUUUGAGCAGACGCUUUGCCUCUGGGAGGUCAUGUGGGCAGAUCAGGCUGCAAUUAGAGCUGGAAUUGGAAAAUCAGCGUGGAGCAGGAUAAGGCAGCGAGCACCACCGACAGACGAUCUCUUGCUCUAUGCAAUUGCAGCCUCUGUAUUACAGAGAAGGAAACUGAUCCUAGAGAAGUACAGCAGCAUGGAUGAGAUUAUAAGGGAGUGCAAUAGCAUGUCUGGGCAGCUCGACGUGUGGAAACUCCUCGACGAUGCUCAUGACCUCGUGAUGAACCUCCAUUACAAGAUAGAGACAUCCUUAUGAUGGCCGAUGCUGCUUCUAUCUUUUCAACCUUUUUUUAACUCUUUAUUUUUUUGGGGGUUGGGGGGUUCACUGAUUCAUGCUCUAUAUGACAAAUUCUUUGUUUGAGCUGGCUGGGUUUGGAGGGGGGGUGUAGGGUCUUCCCAAGUCUUCAUACAUUUAUAUGCAUUACUUGAGAGAAGAGAAUCACAAAGGCUAUUGUACUGUGUUGUGUUGUUUCAUUUUGAUUUUGAUUUUUUUUCUUGGUCAUUGAUCCCUUCAGUGGCUAACAUUUUGAAAUACAAGUUAUUUAAUAUUAUCCUGUUUUAUUUUGCCA